GCCUAUAGAUAGCGGCUCCGUACUCCGUAGUGGUUUCUUUGCGAGAGUGCGUGCACCCGUCUGCGCGCAGAAAGUGCUCCGGGUCACGACUUUCGCUCCGCUCUCGUUUCCCGCACAGCUUUUCCUAUAUCCCGUAAGACCUCGUCCACGAGGUGUGACCACGAGAUACUUCACCGUGUCGAUUUUGCUUCUGUUAAAAAGCGAGACUUCGGCUGAAUUGCAAAAACGAGGGAAGUCAGGAGAGACCGUGGCACGCGUCUACCGUCCUACGAAUAGAAUGGCUCGUGGACAGCAAAAAAUACAAUCUCAAGCCAAAGCUGCAGAAAAAGCUGCAAAAGUAAAGAAACAACAAGGACACAGUGCCAAUGAUCAGAAAAAGGCAGCACAGAAAGCACUUGUACACGUAUGUUCUGUGUGCAAGGCCCAAAUGCCAGACCCCAAGACCUACAAGCAACAUUUCGAAAAUAAACAUCCCAAGAACGAGCUGCCGGAUGAUUUAAAGAAUAUAUGAGGGUACGAACUUUUGUGAAGUGGGCAUUGGAUGGGAAGCGCAGAAAAAAUUGCUGCAACUGACAAAGUGAUAUAGUUCAACAUUCACCUGAUCAUUGCAUAGUUUCAGAAAAUAAAUUAAACCUUGUUAGUGUUUUAACUGAUCUAUCGCGCACUUAAAAAGACAAAUUGUUGUGCACAACUCAGAGUAUUAGACGUAAUUGAUAAUUUGCUUAUGGAAGAAAAACUUGAUUUGUAAGGGGAAAGCUAACUACUUUCCAUAUGAACCGGAUAGUCAAUACUUUUCACAUAAGCAUAAUUACAUCUGAAUCUGUAUGUUUCUAAAUAAAGCUCAUAAACUUAAUAGCGCAGUUCUGAGGGAGUGAGUAUUUCGACGUGAGAGAUAAUACGAUAGCGUUAAUUUCUUGUUUAUGUUACAACGAGAGAAAAUAUAUGGAAUGAUAUAUAAGUGACUUGCAGCGAAUUCGAUUGGAUGCAUUAAAGUGCGCGCUGGUGCAGAUUAAAGAGUGCCGCACAAGAGAGGGUUACCUGACAAACUUGGUAGUGAAUGCAAGUACAUAGUACAUAGACAAUUUAUAAUUGAUAAAAUGCUCAACUUUCACUCUGCCAAAUAACUUGCGCUGAGUACACUCUAUUGUUUCAAUACUUGCACACUACUAUCUGCUUUUAUACUGCAAUCUGCAUAGUGUAGAUUAACGCGCAUCAACGUAUCCAACCGGAUUCGCCAUGAUGAUAACAGAUUUGAAAUAAUUUUUUGUAUAUUAGAUAAGCGCAUUCUUCACGCAAUUCUUUAUAACUUGUUACACGAGAAGAUUACCAUCGCGCCGCAGGAUGUUCGAAGGAUGUUCCCUCAUUGCGAAUUUCAGUUCCUUGUUGUGAACUAUGAGGAGAACGAUGCGUUUCGCCACUCGCACACUUUGUUGCAUUUAAUACUAAAUGUUUAUGUACUGCGACGUGCCCUUGACAGGAGCAGUUCUUGAAAAAUUUACGAAGUUGAAUAACGCAGAGAAAAAUCUUUAACUACUAAUAACUGCCAAUUUAUAGUUGAGUGUAUCGUGUAAUCUUUAAAAUAAGAAUACUGUAUAGUGAGAGACGCGCGAAGAACGUUAUUAUAUACGUAGAGCCGCAUUUAUAUAAAGACUCAGUUUCUCAACUUUUCUGCUUGUAAUCAAGGCAAUUAUCAUUUACGUUGUAGUCUGUUACUAUUAUGUAUGUUAAUAGAGGACUAUUAAUUAAGACGGCGCACGUUCUUUUUUAUAUAUAAAAAAAAAAAUAUAUAUAGUACUUAAAUUGCCCAGCUGAGAAUAAUUGAUUCAUACGCCAUUGACAUACGCCAAGACAUCAAAAUGAUUGUAUUUGUAUAGUAUUCCACUAGCUUCAACAGAGAAUCUAUUAUUCUCGAGAUGUAAUAUUAUUCAAAGAUAUUUAAAAGAAUAUACUUUAAUAUUUUCUUAAAGCGUUCUUUACGAAGGUAUUCGCAUCGUUAUCUCACACCGACAUCCGCAUAUAGACGAAUUUACAAGGAGAGAAGGGGGGACUCUUAUAGCGACUCUAAAUUAAGUGUUAAUUAUUUGAAAUUUGUAUUUUUCGUUUUACUAUAAUAAUUACAAUAUUUAUCGUUGCAUUCGCUCUA